AUGAUAGCAAUUCUCUCACCCUUCCCGAGCCAGCUGCUCAGGAAAAAGCUAUUCAGCAGUGAGGUAGAGAAGAGGAGGAGAAGAAUUGAGCCUCAGGAGUUUGAAGUCAUUUUUGACCCUCGGUUACUUCGGAAAGAGACCUGUCUGCUCUAUGAGAUCAACUGGGGUGGAAGGAACCGUGUCUGGCGACACACGAGCCAAAACACCGACAAACAUGUUGAAAUCAACUUCAUAGAAAAAUUUACUUCAGAACGGUACUUUUGUCCAUCCACGAGGUGCUCCAUCGUCUGGUUCAUGUCCUGGAGUCCCUGUGGGGAAUGCUCCAAGGCCAUUGCAGAAUUUUUGAGCCGAUUCCCCAACGUGACUCUACAUAUUUAUGUAGCACGGCUUUACUACCACGCGGAUCAGUGGAACCGGCAAGGACUCAGAGACCUCAUUAGCAGAGGCGUGACUAUCCAGAUCAUGACGGAGCGAGAGUGUUGUUACUGCUGGAGGAAUUUUGUCAACUACCCACCUUCAAAUGAAGAUCAUUGGCCGAGGUACCCACAUCCGUGGGUGAGACUGUAUGCGCUGGAACUCCACUGCAUCGCUUUAGUAAGUGACUUUGGCUUUUUGAUAUUUGAUCCCAUUGUGAUCCCGGAGAUUGGGAGCUGUAAAAACUCAUCUUUCGUUUGGUGUGCUUGA